UAUGAGUAUGUAUGUGGUUUUCUUACAGGUGAGGCUGGGCAGUUCCACAUUCCUGGAGAAUUACAGUAAUAUAUACAUUUGUACUUUAUUCCAUGAGCUUACCUGAUUUUACAACUACCUUGUAAGCAGUCAUUGCAGGUUCUACUGUCUACCUUUUACAGAUAAGGAAACUGAAAGUUAGAGAGGUGAAGUGAAUUGUUCAAGGUUACAGGGCUGGUAAGUGGUGGAGAUAAGAAUUUUUUUCUUUGUUUUUCUUUAAAACAUUACUUUUAUGCUUAAAAAUUUAUAAAUUAGUUUUUCAUGAUAAAAGUAGCAGAUAAAAGGGAAAAAAAAAAUUCCUACCCAACAUAAAAAAAAAGCCAGUAUAAAUUAUAUGUUCUCAGGAGGUAGAAACAAAACCUCCUCCAGGUAAAUAAUUGAAAAUGGCAUUGGGAGUCUGAAAUCUGGUUAUUGGAAGCAAAAUUUUGGUGGAGUCAGUGCAUUCUGGUAAAUCUUAGAUUGGGGCUCUUGAGGCAGAGGGGACCCUGUGCCCCUGAGAAAAGUAGAAACUUUCUCUGGAUAACUUAGCAAAGAAUCCAGAGUUUCUGUCUACCUUUUGCUUGCUUGAUCCAAGGUAGCCUCUGACACACAUUCUCAAAUCUUUAUAGGUAAUACAAUUCUGACAUAUUAACUAUCCUAUGGGGAAUAUAACCUCUAUGUCCCAAAUGGCUAGGUUUUUUAUUUCUGUUUGCCCUUGUUACUACUAAGGUUUUAAUAAGAAAAAAACCUUAGAAAGAAUUGCUUCAGAUGUUCUAAACUUUUUGUUCAUUAUCUACUGACGUUUUAUUCUUUCUGCACUGUAAUCAUUGCUAACUUGUCUAGUAUUACACAGUUGAUUAGAUCAACAAAGGUAUUAUUAAAAUAAAUUUCUUUAGUUAUGUACUUGACAGCUCUGAAUUAUUGAAGACUAUUCACUAUGAGUCGGAAUCGACUCGAUGGCAGUGGGUUUGGUUUUGGGUAUUCAACUAGUUACAAAAUAAUGAUAAUAAUGGCUGAAAUUUCUUGAGGAAAUUUCUUGAGGAUGGCAAUGUGGCAGGCACUACUCUAAGCACAUCAUGUGUAUUAGUUUAUUUAAUCCUCUGCACAGCCUAGGAAGUAGGUACUUUCACUACGAGCUCAGUUUUACACAUGAGUACCAGAGCGGAAAAGUGACUUGCCAUGGUCACAUAUAGCUAGAGGCAGGGCCGGAACAUGAAUGCAGGGGGCCUGAUUCCAUUCCUAAUGGAAGCAGGUUUUUGCAAGCAGGUUUACUAAGUUAUUAUUAAAGAAAGAAGUGGAAUUGAAAUGUACAUGAUAAUAUUAGUAUACCCUCAAAUCUUUAUCAGUUGUGUAUUGGUUUUGCGUAUUUUUUCCUUUUUAAAAUAUAAGAACGAAAAGCUCAUUCUGACUUUUAAUUAACAUGUCUUCUAAAUUAGAAACAGAGAGUCUUUACUAAAGGUAUUUUAAGAAAGGCACCUGAGUGGAGCUCCAACAGUUCAGGAAGUAUGAGCGUGCCACUCCUCUGGGACUGGCUGGGCACUCUUGGCUUUCAGAGCCAUGGUUGUUUAUUUACAUAGGACUUAAGAGUUCACCAAACAAGCUGAUAACAGCCACUGCAAACAUUGUGAAGUGCGAAGGCAAGAACUAUUUACCCACUUCAAAGAUGAGGCUAUGGACUCAGAGAGAUUAAGUGACUUUCUGAAGGUCACAUAGCUAGAGAAUGGGAAUGCCAACUUCUCAUUCCCAGUCCAGGAAUCUUUUUGUUAGAUCAUGCCAGGCUUGAGGGAAAUGUGAUGCCAAUGAGCCUCUUGCAAGAUGCUUGGCUGUUUUCAGUAGCCUUGUUCAUCGUUCCAGGUAUUGUGGAACUGGAUAUCCGAGGGCCUCGAAGCCAGGCAGAAGAGUUUGAACUUCAUGUGGUGGGCAAUAGGCAGCCACUAUAGGUUCUCGAUCUAAGGAGGUGGUGUGGUGAACAUCUGUCUUAGGAAGAGUAGUUUGAGAGUGGUAUCCAGGAUGAAUUAAAGCAGCGUUAGCAUCAUCUGGGAACUUGUUAGUAAGGUAUGUUUUUUGUGUCCACCUCAGGCCUACUGAAUCAAAAACUCUGGGUGGGGCCCAGCUUUCUGUUUUAACAAGCCCUUCAGAUGACUCCAGUGCACACUGAAGUUUGAGGAAGAUUAGUCAGGAAGGCAUUUUUGGAGAUGGUUUCAGAAUUCAGACAAUAGGCUUAGUUAAUAAGUGAUAAGAGAAUUAAUGCAGUGGCAGCAGAAAUGGAGAGGAACAAGUGACUCCAAGAGAUGCUUGAGAGAAGUCCUGGCCUUGAGAUGAACAUUGCUGUCCUGGUCACUCCCAACAGAACAUAAUAUAACUGAGGGGUUCAGGGAAGAGGAGUUAAUUCCACGUGAACAUCUUAGUAAACCACUUAGAAGGCUUGUGUUCACUGUGUUUUGAAAUGCUGAGGCCCACUUUUGGUUUUCCCUGUAGCUGGGGCAUUUAAAGUGUACCUGCCUGGGUGACAAUGUGACAAAUUGAGAAAUGGAGGUGAUAGGUUGUUUGGCAAGGGAACAAGUAUCGGUUCUCGGCCCAUUUCCUGUUAAUGAAGGAUAAGACUUAGAAUAGGUGGGAGAUCUUACUCAGUUAUUGGUUUACUUGUUUAAGUUUGCAUCCCCCUGCCGCCGGGCCACCCCACAAGAUAAAAAAAAGAAUGAAAGCUUCUUAAGAGCCCAGGAUCCUGUGUGCCUUGUUCAAUGCCCCCGUCCCAGCACAAAUAUUAAAUUGAAUGAACUUUAGGUGCAGAUUUGAUUAGGGCAGGGUGUGGGCGAAGGUAAUGGGUGGAGAAAGGGACCUGCAGACACCAGGCAACAGAUGAUGGCUAACUUGGACUAGAUUGGUGGUAAAUUGGAAAUUGGUUAAAUUCAAGAGAUGUUCAGGAGGUAAAACUGAAAAAAAUUGAUGAUGACAUUAUAUGAGAGGUAUCAAGCAACUUACCUGUGAAAAAUCUUCCUGUGAGAAGUUUGUGAGCUCAUAGCAUUCUUAUUUGACGUCUUCAUUCACUGGAAACUUAACAGCAGAGUUCUACACCUAAAGGAGAGGUGUCUUCAGAUUGUAAGUGUGAAGAAUUCUCUGUUUCUACCCAGAGCAGCUCUACCCUUCCAUACGUCUGCCCACAAUUUUAUCCACUCUUCACCUACUCAGCAGUAUUCAUUGAGCAUAUAUUAUGUUCUAGAUACUCCCAAAGGCACUGGAGACACAGGAAUGACUAAGACAGCCCCCUUGCAUUUAUGACCUAGAGAGGAAAGAUAGACAAACAUGUCCUCAGAUAAAUGUACAAAUAUGGUGCAGUGAAUUACUUACUAAGGCCUUUCUAACCAUAGACUUUGUAACUACCACCAAAUGACUGGGUAGGACUACGCAAAUGAGGUGCUUGUGGCCCACCAGGGGGGUUGGAUAGCUUGCUAAUAAUGUAAAUAAGGUGCAUGGCACCCUUGUGAGGGUGGGACCAUGCAAAUAAAGUGUAUGGAACCCUAACAAAGGGAUUGGUCAGUUUUGCCAUCCUGCUAGGCCUAAAAUGAGCCAUACCAGAGGCAGAAAGAGGGGGAACUCACUACCACCAAGAAGAAGCGAUGGGAGUGGAGCAUGUCCUUUGGACCUGGGAUCUCUGCGCUGGGAACUUCCUGAAUCCAGGAGACAGAGAGCUGUAACACUGGAGAUGGUCACCAUCAGCCAAGAUAAGUCUCAAGACUGGCCUAGAAGAAUGCGAAAUAGCAUUGAACUUAUUUCUAAGUAACAAAUUUUCAGAUGCAUUAGAAUUACUUCGUCCAUGGGCAAAGGACAGCAUGUACCAUGCGUUGGGCUACAGCACCAUUGUGGUGUUGCAGGCUGUUAUGACCUUUGAGCAGCAGGAUAUCCAAAAUGGCGUUUCCGCCAUGAAGGACGCUUUGCAAACCUGCCAAAGAUACAGGAAAAAGAGCACUGUUGUCGAAUCUUUUUCGAGUCUCCUUUCCAGAGGAUCGUUGGAACAGCUGACUGAAGAGGAAAUGCAUGCCGAAAUCUGUUAUGCCGAGUGUCUCCUACAGAAAGCAGCACUCACGUUUGUGCAGGAUGAAAAUAUGAUCAACUUCAUCAAAGGUGGACUCAAAAUUAGAACAAGUUACCAAAUAUAUAAGGAAUGUCUUUCUAUUCUGCAUGUAAUUGAGAAGAACAAACGUGAGCAACAAUUGUUCUAUGAGUUUGAAGGAGGUGUCAAACUUGGAAUAGGAGCCUUUAAUUUGAUGCUGUCCCUUUUACCAGCAAGGAUUAUCAGACUACUAGAAUUUAUUGGAUUUUCUGGAAACAGGGAGUUGGGACUCCUGCAAUUACGAGAAGGCGCAUCAGGAAGAAGCAUGAGGGCUCCGCUAUGCUGCUUAACAAUACUAGGUUUUCAUACUUACAUCUGUCUAAUACUUGGUACAGGAGAAGUGAAUAUUGUGGAAGCAGAGAGUCUCCUUGCACCCUUCCUCCAGCAGUUUCCGAAUGGCUCACUCAUGCUGUUUUAUCAUGCCCGAAUAGAGCUGCUGAAAGGGAAUGUUGAAGAGGCACAAGAAACAUUCCGAAAAUGCAUUUCAGUUCAAGAAGAGUGGAAACAGUUUCACCAUCUCUGUUACUGGGAGUUGAUGUGGAUUUAUGUAUUCCAACAAAACUGGAUGCAGGCGUAUUACUAUUCAGAUCUGCUUUGCAAAGAGAGUAAAUGGUCCAAGGCAACAUACGUAUUCCUGAAAGCUGCAAUUUUGAGUAUGCUUCCAGAGGAGGAUGUAGUAUCAACUAAAGAGAAUGUGGUAACUUUAUUCAGACAGGUGGAAAGCUUGAAGCAGAGAAUUGCUGGUAAAUCUAUUCCUACUGAGAAGUUUGCUGUGAGGAAGGCCCGACGGUACUCUCCCGUGUUGCCUGCACCUGUGAGGCUCGUCUUACCUGCUCUGGAAAUGAUGUACGUCUGGAAUGGUUUUCCAGUCGUGAGCAAAAGAAAAGACCUUUCUGAAAAUUUGUUGGUAACGGUUGAAAAGGCUGAGGCAGCUUUGCAAAAAGAAAACUCGAAUGAUUACUUUACGGAUGAUGAGUGCCUGGUGAAGUUACUGAAGGGAUGCUGCCUGAAGAACUUACAGCGGCCCUUGCAAGCCGAAUUGUGUUUCAAUCAUGUUAUUCAAAGCGAAAAGCUUCUGAAGUAUGAUCACUACCUAGUGCCAUUCACUCUGUUUGAGUUGGCAUUUUUGUAUAAAAGCCAAGGAGAAAUGGACAAGGCCAUAAAGGUCCUAGAAACUGCAAGAAACAACUACAAAGAUUACUCCAUGGAGUCUCGACUACACUUCAGAAUUCAGGCAGCUCUUCACCUCUGGAAAAAACCUCCCUCCAGUUGAUCAGAACUUGAAGGAUGGAGUUUUCCCUCAGUUAGCACUGGCAUCUGCUAUAGAUUAGACCUUGUAUUAAAGUAUAAAAGUGAUCUGGUAAAUGAGACACAAAAAACUUAAUUUUAUUGUCAAUAUUUUCUAUCAUCUGUUUGGUUUACUGUCGGUCUACAUAAAUGUUUGUUCUUUCCUAUGAAAUGAUGUUCAAUACUAUCUAGAAAAUUCUUAUAUUUUGCCUCUCCAAAAAAAUUUCACAUUAGAUUUGAUUGGGGAGUGAAGAAGUCUUUUAAAAGACUCACGGGUACAAUAAGAUCUCAUUAGAUUAUUUAUUUUUUUAAUGUGGAAAUUAAUAUUGUUUAAGUAGCAAAUGGCUUACAAGUUGAGCCAUAUUUAGAUUUGUUGGUCAGUUAACCUUCAGAUGUGUUUUGUUGCCUAGGUUUUAAAUUCAAGAAGGGAAAUAAAAAUCACCUAAAUUCAAAAUAGCUUGACAAUGACCUUCUGAAGACUUCUGGAAGACAGGCACAGGUGAUGCAUAGGGACAGGAUAACGUUGCCCCUACAUAGUAGGUUGAAGAGAACUAUAUCUAGAAAAGAUGAUGCAAUAGUAAGUUAUUUUUUAAUUUUUAAUUUUUUCUUCAUGCUGGUUAAAAGAUGGUAACAUCUUUAAGAGACUAUCCUCUUUUUGAAUGUAUUUAGAUCUAUUAUAAUAACAAAAUUAAAAAAAAAAAAAAAGGUAUAUCUAAAUGGAGGAAGAAAAGGUUGUAUUUUGAGAACUUAUCCUUAACCUUAGCAGUAAGAGUCCUACAAUAUAUAUGUUAUUUUUUGCCUAGGAAGCAAAGUGAAGUUCCUGCUGCUUUCAAUGAUACCUCAAGUAUCACUAAGUUUUACACUCAUGAAGUUGGUAAUUUUGUAAUCUCUCUAGGACUUUGCCAAUUCCUUGUAAAUACCUGGACAGCUCUUAGUUCUUCAGUUGGUAAACACAAUCAAGGGGGACGGUGUGGAAGAGAGCUCUGCUCUAUGGGGUCCUGGCUCUGCGGCCAGAGUGGGUCCUAGCUCUGUGUGACCUUUAGGUAGUCACCUCCUCUCAUCUGAGGAAUGGAAACAGACCAGAUGAUGCUCUAGGUCUUCUAGUUUCAUAACUGUGAGUCUGUUAUUAGGUGUUUGUUUAUAACAAACAACGUAAAAGGUUUAAUCACAAACCAUUCCCACUUAGAAUGUGUUUUAUUUUGCAAUCAUCACCUUCCCCACUGCUCCUCCAAUAUGUAUGUGCUGUGGCUAAGGACCAGAUUGAUCCAGAGUAUGGAAACACAAUUCAGGAAUCAAUGAAUCAAGGUUUUAUCUUCUUUCUGUGGUAAGAAGAAUGACUUAUUAUGGAAGCCUUUGCAGUUUAACAGAAAGAACACCAGACUGGGAGUCAGAGGCCCAUCUUUGUUGGUUAACAGUUCUGUUAACAUGGAUCAAGUCACUCAGCCUUUCUAGGGCUCAGUUUCCUCAUCUGUACAAUAGGGAUAGCAACGUAGUACUUGGUGCUUAUGAGGGCUCAAUUAGCUGAUGUAUAUGACAGCUCUCUGUAGGCUGUGAAAGGCUAUAUGAGUUUGAGUUAUUUUAAUAAUUGUGGUUUUUAUGUACUGGUUACAGUAUCAACACAAAAGUAUUGGCUGAGUCUGGGAUCUCUGCUAUAAAAUGAAAGAUGUGUGGAAAUUCAGACACUUUUAAAUUUAUUCAUGUGUUUGUCCCUGACAAUAGCUUAGUUACUGAAUUUGCUCCUUGCUAUUUCUUGCUAUAAUUGCCUGUAUCCGGUGGGUACAUGGUCUUUUUACUUUAACGUACUGAUUCCUGACUGUGGAUGCAUUUCCAACACAAGAUAAUUAAUAUGAGACAGAACCACCCCUUCAGAAUUUAUGUUAGUAGGUAUCAAUAUGUGCUGUUAAUAUGAAUUACAUAACUUAUACUUUAGAUUCAGACAAAAGAGAAAAUUAACCACUUUAUGGGAGAUCGACUACAUUAGCCCUUAUAUGGACAUAUAUUUUAUUGUACUUUAGAUGAAGGUUUACAGAGCCAAUCAGCUUCUGAGUAAACAAUUAAUACACAUACUGUUUUGUGACAUUGGUUGCCAACCCCACGACAUGUUAACACUCUUUCUUUACUUUGGGUUCCCCAUUACCAGCUUUCCUGUCCCCGCCUGCCUUCUCAUAUAUGGACAUACAUUUUAAUGUUUUCUAUGCUUCUCCUAGAUACAAGAAGAUCCCAAGUCAUACAGAAAAGGAAGUUCACUUAUUCUUGGCCUCCACAGAGGGCAGAGAGGAUCAAGUGUGUAGAAGUUGUAGGGAGGUGAAUUCCAGAUUUAUCAGUGUCAAGGAAGAUUUUCAAUCAUUGGAGCAAUCCAACAGUGUAAACAGUGUAUCCAGCUCUAUUGCUAAGGAGGGUGAGUUUAGCAGGGCUAUGUGACCCAUUCCUUCCUGGCCUGGAAGCUUCGACUUAUUCAACUUUGAGGCCAUUCCGUGAUUCUUUGAUCGGGGCUUCAAAUCAGUGUGGUACAUGUAAAGAAGAAAUUUCCCCCUUUCAAAUAAAAAGAUGAAUGUUUCCUCUUUCAGAGUAGAACUGCCCUACAGGGUUUCCAAGGAGCAUCUGGUGGAUUUGAACUGCCAGCCUUUUGGUUAGCAACCAUAGCACUUAACCACUAUGCCACGAGGGUUUCCAAGGAGUGCCUGGUGGAUUUGAACUGCCAGCCUUUUGGUUAGCAACCAUAGCACUUAACCACUAUGCCACCAGGGUUUCCAAGGAGUGCCUGGUGGAUUUGAACUGCCAGCCUUUUGGUCAGCAACCAUAGCACUUAACCACUAUGCCACCAGGGUUUCCAGACUGCUUUUAGAGGUAGUUAUACUGUCAUAUGCACUAGCGGUACCUUCUAUUAAUACUCAUUUUGAUUCCUGUUCGCAUCCAUUCUUUUAAAGUGAAUCUGUUGAUCUUGCAAAUAAUAUUUAGAGGUUUUUCUUUCCUUGAACUUUAAAAACUUCUUUUUGACCAACUGGAAAAAAAUUUUGAAAUUACUCUGAUUAAUUCUUCAUUGAUUUUUUUUUCUGUUUCUGUUUUCUUCCUAGUUGUAUUCUCCAUAUUUAUAAGUCACAAAUUCAGAUAUAGUUUGUUAAAAUUGAGCUGAAUCAAGACUCCAGUGAUCAUUUAUUGGGCCUGGAAGGGGUCUUAGGGAAUUAUCUUGUCCUCCCCAGCCUUUAAACAGUCUUGUUUCUCUUCUAGUCCUGUGCUGUCCAGUAUGGUAGCCACUUGUUACAUGUGGCUGUUGUGCACUUGAAAUGUGGCUAGUGGUACAUAUCGGAAUGAUGCUGAGUGUUGACGGGGGCAUUCAUUCAUUCAGUUCUAUUUCAGGGCCUCCCAGUAUCAUGCUUCCUGGAGUCCUGCCUUUUACUUGCUGUCUGCUGUGAUCACCUGAUCACCACAGUUGUAUUGUCGGUUGUGUAUCAAAUAUGUAUCUUAGAAGUUUGCUUUUUCUGUUUAAGUGCCCUUAAAUUUUCAUGUCAUCAUGCUCAUUCAUGCUUUUGCAGAUCAUCAAGGUCAUUGGCACCUUCAAACCUUAUUCUCUCCGCCUCAGAACUCCUUAUAUACUAGACUAGGGUACCUUAUUUGUAAGAUUGCUAUUUUAAUGUAAUUUUAUAGACAUUCCUUGCUUUUUCAGAUGUAUCAUGCUGAAAAAUUUAAGCCAAGGUUGGCACAAACUGUUUGAGUUGUAGAGAAAGUAGCUCUCAUCUUUGAGAUGUUAGAUUUUCUAAGAACAUUCUUCUGAAUGAUUUAUCAUUUAAAUGUUGAAUCUCUCAGCCAGCCCAAUGUUACUAUUUAAAGGUGUGUAGACACAAGUUAGCCACUUAGAUGAUAACUUGAAAAAUGGUUUAUUUAAAGUUAUAUAUUUUAUGCCUUUUGCAGUCUCUAUUAAUAUUUUUCAAUGUGUACUAUACUUAAGUGAUAUGCAUAUGUAUAAUUAAGACAUAUUUUUUAAUCUCUUAAAACAUUUCUAGGUCAGGUACCUCUAUAUAUGGAUAGAUGGAUAGAUACGAAAUGGCUUACAAAUAUUAAAUACACCAUGUUUUAUACUCUUCUUUCAGGGAGAGUGCAGGAUCUAUUCCAGAUUGUUCCCUGUCCCUUGCCCCGGUUAUUUACAUAUUUUUCUAUUUCUUUAACUAUUAGGUUGCUUGUUGUGGAGCCCUAUUCCUGUUUCCCAUUGUUGGGUAAUUUUGUCUUUUAUAUAUUUGCUGUUAGAUUUAGUUACUUUAGAAUGUUAAACUUGAAAUUUAAUGAAAAGGAUACAUCAGAGUUUAUUAGGAGGGAAAUAUCUUUUGUAUUUAGUAGUUGCUAUCUGACCUUGAUGGUUAGACUUUUAAGAUGAGACGGUUACAGUCCAUUCCAGUCUGUUUAUAAUUUCAUAACUAUAGGAAGAAAUUAUGUGAGCAUUAUUUAGUGGAUUGAGUUGGCUGAGCAGGUUCUUGCCCUGAAGGGUCCAGAAAAGGGAUACGUGGAUCUAGCCUCAGAAUAAGUCCUGUUUGCAGUGUAUUUGCAAUGUGCCUAUGACAUGCCUUCAGCACAGUAAUACUGUAAUACCACUUUGCAUGGAAGAAUCAAAGUAGCUGCCACACUGUAUUUAACAACAACAAAAAUGCUUACAGAUAUAUACAGAUUGGAUAUUUAAUAGGGAAACUCAAGGUACUUUAAUGGCAAGCUUCAUUAAGUAAAACUUGUUGAAUAUUAAUAUAUAAUACACUUUGUAUGUUAAUCUAAUAGUUCUUAGAAACACAUAAUUUAAAUGAUGAAUUUAAGAGAUGAUGACAUAUCCCAGUGGGAGCUUUUGUUUACUGCUACUUAAUAUUUUCUAGUAAAUAGGUUUUAAUUAUUGGUAGUCUGUUGGGCACCAUUUGGGGAAAAGAAAAAAGAAGAAAGAUGGUCUUAGCAUAAUUGAACUGACAGCCAGAGAAACUGAAUAUAAUGAGGAUGUUAAAGGCUAUUAAAAAAAAAAUUACUUACCAUUUAAUGUUAAAAGGAAUUACAUUAUUCUGAAAUGCUAGAAGGUCUUAUUCAGUUCGAAGGUAUGGCAUUCUCUGCUUUGGAAAUCAUGCAGAUAUUUUCAUUCAUUCUUAGCUUUAAUGGAGCCAAAUGCCCACGAGACAGUUGGGGGUGGGAUGUAGUAAGUGUGUUUAAACAAUUUUCACUUUUUCCUGAAGUGAUUUUAUCUUCACAGAAGACAAUUUAUAUGCAGCGAUUGUUUGUUUUCUUUAAGAAAACACAUGAAAAGAGAGAUUAUGGUAAACAUUUUAAAUCUUGGGCUAUUGGUUAGAUUUAACGGCUUCAGAAAACAGUACUGUUAGGUUCUGUUUAACUAAGACCUGCUGAAGGAGAACACAUGUAUUUCACUGAUACGUGCUGUCCAGCAGAAUUACUUAGAUCUCAACAAUAUGAUGCAGUUCUCAUAUUACCUUCGAGAAGAAUUUAUAAUGAAGUAGUUUAUUUUUUAUUGUUUUUUUCUUUUCGCCGACGGCUGGCAUACAGACACCUGCAUGAGUACCAGCAGAUUCAUUUAUACACUAAUGCUUUAAAAUAUUUAUCAUGCAAGUUGCUAAACCAUAUGUAAAAACAAAAUAUAUAUUUAAUUCAGUGGGAAGUAUUGUUUUAUUACUGAAAGUUAUUUCCAAAGCAAAUUUAUUUUUUAGGUGCUUCAUUUGGAAAAUUUUGCUUUGCCUUAAAACAAACAAAUAAGCCUGUUUUGUGAUAUGGUCACCAAGGAACCCCAAAUGUUUAACCUGACAUGUAAGGGAUUUUGAAAAUUCUUUAAUGUCCUGUAUUUUUUCACUUUUAUUUGGAUUAAACAAAAAUAAAUUUGGAGGCCAUAGGCAUUUCAUAAGCCAACGUGAAGUUACCUGUUCAGUCGUCACGUCAUCCCUGUAUGUACUUUAUAAUUCACUGUUUUAUUAGUAAAAAUUGUCAGCAUUUUAUCUCAGUCUUUCUCUUCUCGUUACAUUUGAACUUUACUCAUUAUCUUUCCCAUUCCCAGCGGUCACAGUUUUACAGAGCAAAACAUUUUAGAAAUUGAAAACAUGUAAAUACUAUGUGAGACAAAUGUGUUACUAACAUCCAUCUGCUGAUCAAGUGGGAAUUUGAUCUGGUACCAGAAAGUGAACUAGAUUGUAGCUAUCAAAGCAUUUUAUCAACAAAAGAUUAGAAGAAAGAAGAAAACUGUGAACCCCAGAUAUUUUUAAUGUAAAAACUGUGUUUCCAAUGAGUAUUCUUUUUUGCUGACUUUGUGUUAUCAUUUCUAAUUUGUGAACUAAUACUGAUAUGAGAUCUAAAUUCUCAAAAUGAAGACAGCAGUUACUGUAGCCUAUUUUUAAUGUUAAUACAUGUUCAAAAACAGAUGUCAUCUUAGAAAUUGUAUUUUUAAGUGCAAAUAAAUCAUCUCAACUUGAAAGUCAA